AAUCUGAUUUGAUAAAGUUAAUUUUUCAGCAUUUGAAAAUAUUUAAUAAAUUUCCAUUUUCAAAUUUUCAAUUUAACUCCUUUAAAUAGUUACCGAAUAGAGUUUUAAACAGUGUUAAAUCGGCCAGUUCUUUACAGAUGGCUAAAAGCCCUGUUGUGACUGGGAUUUCUCCAAAAGAAGGGCCACCUGGAACGAGAGUAACAAUCAGAGGAGAGUACUUAGGAGUCAGUCCUAAUGAUUUAACAAGCUUAAAAAUAUGUGAUUGUGAGUGUAUGCUUUCGGCUGAAUGGAAAUCCCCAAAUAAAAUUAUAGCAAGAUCUGGACCAGGAAAAGGACGUGGUGAUAUCAUUUUGAUCACAAAAUCUGGAGGUAUUGGUACCAGCACAGUACAAUUUCGAGGCUAUCACGAAACAAUAGGUCCUUUAAAAGAGAGCGCAGUUUGGGUAGAAGAAGCACCACUGAACUGGGGUAGGCAAAAUAGUUCAGUCACUAUAUUCCAAUUAGAUGAUCCUCUUGGUCUAUCCGUUGAAGGAGAUGAAAAAUUCCCUGAAAAUGAACUAACUGAAUUAUUUCCGGAUGGUUCUGGUGAUCUGUUGUCAGAAAAUUUUGAACCAGCAUGGUUUUUACUUGAACACCAUCACGGGACAUCUUUCGAUGACUUAAGAGUAGGUUUAUCAUAUUUAAAAAGAAAAGUAGAUUCACAAAAUGAAGGACAGCUAUCUUUUUUAAAAGAUAAUGUUGGAUCAGUUAUGGAACAAUUAGACACUCUUUUUUCUUUAAAACAAAGUUAUGAAGCUGAUUUUGAAAAAAAUAAUGAAACUCUUUUUAGAGUUGAAGAAGCAAUAAAUCAAUCUUUAAAAGAAGCUACUAAUUUAUUCCAUGGAGUUUUAAGCAGAAGAGAAAAAGCUGAAGCUACUAGAAAUGCAUUAGCUGUAAUGACUAGAUAUAAAUUUUUGUUUCAAUUACCAAUAAAUAUUGAUCGUAACAUUAAAAAUGAAGAUGUAGAUGUUAUUAUUAAUGAUUAUGCAAGGGCUUUGAAUUUGUUUGGAAAAACUGAAGUUUCUGUUUUCAAAAAAAUAUUAGAAGAAGUUGAAGUUAAAAUAAUAAAUAUAAGAAUGAAUCUGAAAUCUAAGCUCCAUCAAAUGCCUACAACCCUGAAACAACAAAAGAAAAUUAUUAGAAAUUUAGUUGCUCUGAAUGAUAAUGGCGAUCCUGGUUGGGAAGCAAUAAUUCACAUGAAGCAAUAUAUUAUUGAUAGAAUAAAAGCUAGUUAUCAACAAUUUAUAACUGAAGAACAAGAAAAUGAAACUCCUAAUAAGAAUAAUAGACAUCCUCAUAACAAGCAUAAAAGAAAUAUUAGUUUAUCACAGCAAAUUGAGUCCCAAAACACUGAACCAAAAAAAGUAUUAUGUAUCGAUGAAAUAGCUACUGUAAUAUCGGAUUAUUUUCCUGACUUAUGGAAACUUGGACAAAAUUACUUUGUUGGUGACUUAGCUAUAAAGCCAGAUUGUAGUCAUGAAUUUGAUUUCAAAGAAAUGAUUUUAGACAUAAUUGUUACUGUAUCUGACAUAUAUAGAACAAUUAUGUUACCUACAACUACAACUAACACAUAUUCUCCAGUGCCAAUCAUAUGGUUACCACAUUGCCUAAAACAAAUCCGAUCAGUAUUUUCAGUUUUAAUGGCCUUAGAUCUUCCCAAUGAGGCUUUAAAUAAGAUUUCUAGUGUUAUAUUUGAUUUAAGAUUACACUGCUUAAAUAUUUUAUUCAAACAAGCAUCUGAGCAAAUUAUACAGCUAAAAACUACCGAAACAUGGAAGUUAGAUUUUCAUUCAAAACAAGGAACUAUAUCGCAAUUGCCAAAUGAUUUCUACAAAAUCAUAAUGGAAGCAAUGAAUUUAGCCAAAGAAUAUGUUAUACGUAAUGAGCGUAGAGAAACUGCACUUGUUGAUAAUGAUACUGCUAAAAACGAAUUGCAACUAUUAGUUCAUAAAUGUUUUUGGAAUUUUUCACAGGUAUUAGAACAAGUGGGCUUAAAUGCUGAUACUAAUUGUUCAUCUACAACAAUUAUGUCUCUUGGUGGAUCUUCAGUUACAGGAUUUAAAUUACAAAAUGAAUUGGUUUGGGAACAAAAACUUUUAGUAACAAUAAGUAACAGUCAUUAUACAAGAAAUGUUAUGCUUCCGAAAUUUAAAAAAGAAUUUGAAGACAAUGGUUUCCCAACUAUUGAUGUUGUAGUGGCUCGAGCUUCUGAAUUGCUUGAAAACACUGAAAGUAAAUUGCUUGAAACUUAUAUUGAAACUAAAAGUGAUCCCUUAGUUGGAACAAUUGAACCAUCCAUGUACGUGGGUAGUUUUGAAUGGGAUUCUCCUUCACUUUUACCUCCAAAAGAUGUGAGACCGUAUGCCAAAGAAAUUAUCACCAAUUUGAUUGCCUUACACUCUGAGGUCCAAACUAUCAUGCCAGAUUUGAUGUAUGCUGUAUUGUCAGCUAUUGUGAUCACUAUAUCAGAAGAAAUGUCACGUCUCAUGAAUUGUGUUACACAUUUUAGUGAUAAUGGUGCCAUGCAAGCUAGAUUGGAUUUGAUGGCAUUGACAUUUACUUUAUCAAAUUAUUUUACACCAAAUUCAAAGGAUUUUUUUUGUGAUGCUACUGAUGCUGUGCCCCCGUUUAAAACAGAAAAUGAUGAAAGUUAUGUCAUGAAAUGUUUAGAGCAGUUCAAGACUCGGAUGCAUUUACAGUUAAUGUGUUUCUUAUCACCCAUCUCAAAUGAUGUUGAAACAAGUAUUAUAUAAUCUAAAGGUGUACCAAAAAUUACAUAUUUUGAUAUUUUCUAUCUAAUUUAUAUUUUGUAUGUUACA